CUUGACAGCGAGCUAGCCCGCUAGCUUCACAUCCACCGACUGCUGACUGACCUCCGCUCCCAAGAUGGCUAGUACCCGAGCCCUUGGUGUUCUCUCCGGAUUCACAUCGAGGAGAUACGCACUCCUCACAGGCAAUAACUUCCGCACCUUCUCCGUAGCUCCUGCCAUGCUUGCCCGAACUCACGUGAACUAUGAAGUCAAGGACGACGUCGCUGUUGUACGGAUCAACGACCCGAGCUCCAAGGUCAACACCCUGUCACUCCAAAUGCAAAAGGAGAUGGCCGAAGUAAUGGAUGAGGUGUGGGCCAACGACGCUGUUAAGAGUGCUGUCCUCAUCUCCUCAAAGCCGGGAUGCUUCAUCGCAGGAGCAGACAUUAAUAUGAUCCAGGCCUGCAACAACGCAGAAGAGGUCACCAAGCUUUCUCAGGCAGGGCAGCAGAUGUUCGAGCGGGUUGAAAAGUCUCCAAAGCCCAUUGUUGCUGCCAUCAAUGGCUCCUGCUUGGGCGGUGGCUUAGAGUUUGCCAUUGCCUGCCAGUACAGAAUUGCAACAAAGAGCAAGAAAACAGUUCUCGGUACUCCUGAGGUCAUGCUUGGUCUGCUACCCGGAGCUGGCGGUACGCAGAGACUCCCCAAAAUGGUCGGUCUACCCAGUGCCUUUGACAUGAUGCUAACAGGAAGAAAUAUCCGAGCAGAUAAAGCCAAGAAGAUGGGGCUGGUCGACCAUCUUGUAGACCCUCUAGGACCUGGGCUAAAGAGUCCAGAGGAAAGAACGAUCGACUACCUGGAGGAAGUUGCCAUCGAAUGUGCCAGAGGAAUUGUCAACAAGAAAAUCAAUCUUCACAAAGAGAAGGGCACGAUGCAGAAAGUUCAAGACUACAUCAUGGGCUUUGGGUUUGUGCGGAAUCAAAUUUACAAAACCGUCCACGGAAAAGUUAUGAAGCAGAGCAAGGGACUGUAUCCAGCACCCCUACAGAUCAUUGAUUCUGUGAAAACUGGAGUUGAACAAGGUCCGGUUGCUGGAUACUUAGCAGAGUCUCAGAAUUUCGGGCAGUUGGCAAGAACCCCGGAAUCAGGCGCCCUGAUUGGUCUCUACCACGGUCAAGUUGCGUGCAAGAAGAACCGAUUUGGAACUCCCCAAAAAGAAGUGAAGACUCUUGCCAUCUUGGGAGCAGGUCUGAUGGGAGCAGGUAUCGCUCAGGUGACGGUGGACAAAGGUGUGCACACAAUCCUGAAGGACACCACAGUGGCUGGACUGGCCAGAGGAGAGCAGCAGGUUUACAAAGGGCUCAAUGACAAGACCAGGAAAAGGAACAUCACGUCGUUCCAGAGAGACUCCAUAUUGUCCGGCCUGACCGGCAAGCUGGACUACAGUGGCUUUGAACAUGCAGACAUGGUUAUUGAAGCUGUGUUUGAAGACAUUAAGAUCAAGCACGCAGUCCUGAAGGAGGUGGAGGCUGUCACCUCCCCUAACUGCAUCUUUGCCAGCAAUACGUCCGCUCUGCCCAUCAAGGAUAUCGCUGCAGCCAGCAAGAGGCCAGACAAGGUGAUUGGAAUGCACUACUUCUCUCCAGUCGACAAGAUGCAGCUCCUUGAGAUUAUCAGCACUGAUCAGACGUCACAGGACACCAUCGCCUCGGCUGUGGCCGUCGGCCUGAAGCAGGGCAAAGUCAUCAUCGUUGUUGGGGAUGGACCUGGAUUCUAUACCACAAGGUGUUUGGCUCCAAUGCUGGCGGAAGCUGUACGAGUACUUCAGGAAGGGGUUGACCCCAAGAAGUUGGAUGGGCUCACCACGAGCUUUGGGUUCCCGGUGGGUGCAGCCACGCUGGCCGAUGAAGUCGGUAUCGACGUAGCCGCCCAUGUGGCGGAGGAUCUGGGCAAAGCCUUUGGCUCUCGCUUUGGAGGUGGAAACGUGGAGGUUCUGAAGACCAUGGUGGAGAUGGGAUUCAAUGGCCGCAAGGCGGGGAAGGGCUGCUACGUCUACCAGCCAGGACUCAAAGUCAAAGAGGUCAACCCAGAUAUUGGAGAGAUCCUUGAGAAGUUCAGGCUAACACCAAAUCCUGCUGUUUCAUCGGACUCUGAUGUGCAGUACAGGCUUGUUUCUCGAUUCGUCAAUGAGGCCGUGCUGUGUUUGCAAGAGGGCAUUUUGAACGGCCCUCUGGAAGGAGACAUUGGGGCCGUGUUCGGACUGGGAUUCCCUCCUUGUCUCGGAGGACCUUUCCGUUUCGUGGACUCAUUCGGGGCCGACAAGCUGGUGGAGAAGAUGAGAAAGUACGAGGCCGUGUACGGAAACCACUUCACUCCAUGCCAACUUUUACUGGAUCAUGCAAACGAUCCCAGCAAGAGGUUUCACAAGUGACCGACUCGCCACGUGUGCCAGUAGCGCUUAAUAACAAUAAUAAUGCCUACAUUUGAUCCCAUUGAGUGGAGGCCAGCAUUCUGAAAGUUCCCACAGUGGCCAGUUUAUUAGGUACAGGUAGCUAAGACUGAUGUCAUGAAGGUUAUAAGAUGUAGAAAGGGUUCUCAUCUGGGAUCAUUUUGUUGCUGUGUUGCAGUAAAAUAGAUGUGUUUUUGUUAUUUAGCUGAUAUAAGUCUAUAAAGAGUUAUAAAAAGCCUCCAAAAUGAUCCUACAGAUUAAUAAACACCUUCUAUAAUAACUCUGUUUGCAGGACUAUUAGUUGUAUCUACCUGUACCUAAUAGACUGGCCACUGUGUUCCAUAUCGGCAGAAAUUGAUGCUUUUGUAUUCUUUAACAUUAUUGAUUUACGUAAUGGUGUAUAGAUGGAGGAGGAGCCUAAUUAUUCACACACACUGCGUAUGUAAAGACACUAUGGAGGCAAAAAUAAAUAAAAAACAAAUAUUCUCCUAUUGGAAAAUACAUUAGUAAUGAAUGUGUACCAGUUUCAGCAAGUGUCUUUUUCUCUGUGUACAUUAAAAUAUAUUUCUGGCCUUUUUUGAAUGGUGAUGUAAAAAAAUAAAUCUUUUGUUAAUGAACCA